AUGUCGUCCCUGACGACCUCCAGUGAGGGAGAGAACUCCACUCCCAGGUUUGUUGUCGGUUCCAGGGAUGAUGAGACGGACUUUCUGGGAUCAAACAUGAAGACAGACGAAACAGAUUUCUUUGAAGAUGAUGAAGAGGAGGAGUCGCCACCUGAACGACAGAUUGUGGUUGGAAUCUGUGCCAUGACCAAAAAGUCCAAGUCAAAGCCCAUGACACAGAUUCUGGAGCGUCUGUGCAAGUUUGAAUAUAUCACAGUGGUGAUCAUGGGGGAAGAUGUUAUCCUCAAUGAACCAGUGGAGAACUGGCCCUCUUGUGACUGCCUCAUAUCCUUCCACUCCAAAGGGUUCCCCCUGGAUAAAGCAGUUGCUUAUGCCAAGCUGUGCAAGCCAUUUUUGAUUAAUGACCUUGAUAUGCAGUAUUAUAUCCAGGACAGGCGUGAAGUGUAUCGGAUCCUUCAAGAAGAGGGAAUAGACUUGCCCCGCUAUGCUGUUCUCAAUCGAGAUCCUGACAGACCAGAAGAGUGCAACUUGGUAGAAGGAGAGGACCAUGUGGAGGUAAAUGGAGCUGUUUUCCCAAAGCCGUUUGUAGAGAAGCCGGUCAGUGCUGAAGACCAUAAUGUGUAUAUUUACUACCCGACGUCAGCGGGCGGGGGCAGCCAGCGGCUCUUUCGGAAGAUUGGCAGCCGGAGUAGUGUGUACUCCCCAGAGAGCAGUGUGAGGAAGACAGGCUCAUACAUUUAUGAGGAAUUCAUGCCUACAGAUGGCACUGAUGUAAAGGUGUACACUGUGGGGCCGGACUAUGCCCAUGCCGAGGCUCGCAAAUCUCCUGCUUUGGAUGGAAAGGUGGAACGGGACAGUGAAGGGAAGGAAAUCCGUUACCCGGUCAUGCUGACUGCCAUGGAGAAACUAGUUGCUCGGAAAGUCUGUGUAGCCUUUAAGCAAACAGUGUGUGGGUUUGACCUCCUGCGGGCAAAUGGCCACUCCUUCGUCUGCGACGUGAAUGGCUUCAGCUUUGUGAAGAACUCCAUGAAGUAUUAUGAUGACUGUGCCAAAAUCCUUGGAAAUAUAAUCAUGCGGGAAUUGGCUCCCCAGUUUCAUAUUCCCUGGUCCAUCCCAACAGAGGCAGAAGACAUUCCCAUCGUCCCCACAACUUCAGGCACCAUGAUGGAGCUUCGCUGUGUUAUUGCAGUCAUCCGGCAUGGAGAUCGCACCCCAAAGCAGAAGAUGAAAAUGGAAGUGAAGCAUCCCCGGUUCUUUGAAUUAUUUGAGAAAUAUGAUGGCUACAAGACAGGGAAGUUGAAGCUGAAGAGACCAGAGCAGCUACAGGAAGUGCUGGACAUUGCACGGCAGCUUGUGGUGGACCUGGGAACCCACAGUGACUGUGAGAUUGAGGAGAGGAAAUCCAAACUGGAACAGCUAAAGAGCGUCUUGGAGAUGUAUGGACAUUUUUCUGGCAUUAACCGUAAGGUUCAGUUGACCUAUCUGCCUCAUGGACAUCCAAAAGCUGCAAGUGAAGAUGAAGAAGCUCGACGAGAAUCUUCCCCGUCCCUUCUCCUGGUGCUCAAGUGGGGUGGGGAGCUGACACCAGCAGGAAGAGUCCAGGCAGAAGAGCUGGGGCGAGCUUUCCGCUGCAUGUACCCCGGUGGCCAAGGCGACUACGCUGGUUUCCCUGGAUGUGGCUUGCUCAGGCUGCACAGCACCUACCGUCAUGAUCUCAAGAUCUACGCCUCAGAUGAGGGACGAGUUCAGAUGACAGCAGCAGCUUUUGCAAAGGGUCUGCUCGCCCUGGAAGGAGAGCUGACCCCCAUCCUGGUGCAAAUGGUGAAAAGUGCCAACAUGAAUGGUCUCCUGGACAGUGACAGUGAUUCCCUUAGCAGCUGUCAACACAGAGUGAAGGCACGACUGCAUGAAAUCAUGCAGAAGGAUGCUGAGUUCUGUGAAGAGGAUUAUGAAAAGUUAGCACCUACAGGCAGUGCUUCUCUGCUCAACUCCAUGAUGUUUAUACAGAACCCAGUCGAGGUCUGUAACCAGGUGUUCAGCCUGAUUGAGAAUCUCACCUCCCAGAUAAGAAAACGUCUGGAAGACCCAAAAUCUGCAGACCUGCAGCUGUACCACAGCGAGACUUUAGAACUGAUGCUGCAGCGCUGGAGCAAGCUGGAGCGAGAUUUCCGCAUGAAGAAUGGGCGCUAUGACAUCAGCAAGAUCCCCGAUAUCUAUGACUGCAUCAAGUAUGAUGUACAGCACAACUGUGCACUCAAACUGGAAGGCACAGCUGAACUCUUCAAACUCUCCAAAGCACUGGCAGAUGUGAUUAUACCCCAGGAAUAUGGGAUUAAUAAGGAGGAGAAACUGGAGAUUGCUAUUGGCUUUUGUCUUCCUCUCAUUAAAAAAAUCCAGUUGGACCUACAGAGAACCCAUGAAGAUGAGUCUGUCAACAAACUACAUCCCUUGUACUCAAGAGGAGUUCUGUCACCGGGUCGCCAUGUCCGGACACGGCUCUACUUCACCAGUGAGAGCCAUGUGCACUCUCUGCUCAGUAUCUUCCGCUAUGGGGGGCUCCUGGAUGAAAACAAAGACCAGCAGUGGAAGAGAGCCAUGGACUAUUUGAGUGCUAUCUCAGAGCUGAACUACAUGACCCAGAUUGUUAUCAUGCUCUACGAGGACAACAACAAGGACCCAUCUUCAGAGGAGCGUUUCCACGUGGAGCUGCAUUUCAGCCCUGGCGUGAAAGGCUGUGAGGAAGACAGAAACGUGCCCACGGGGUUUGGCUUUCGCCCUGCCUCUGCGGAGAACGAGGACAAGAAAGCAGACCAAGGCAGCCUGGAGGAUCUCUCCAAGGAGAAGGGCAUGGAUGAGCCAGACCGUGUGCAGCAAAGGUCUCCGCAGCUUUCCGAGCCGGUCAGCAUUCAGCGGAGGUCACCGCUGAUCAGGAACCGCAAGACUGGCUCCAUGGAGGUGCUGUCUGAAUCUUCUUCCAAAUCAGGAGGUUAUCGCCUCUUCAGCAGUUACUCAAGACAGUCUUCUGAGAUGAAGCAAAGUGGCUUAGGGUCACAAUGCACCGGCCUGUUUAGCACCACUGUGCUGGGAGGCUCCUCCAGUGCCCCCAACCUCCAGGACUACGCUCGCAGCCAUGGCAAAAAGUUUGCCAGCAGCCUGACAUACAAAGACGAUGCAUCUGAGCACCUCCACGUUGCCCAGUUGCUGCGCCGUUUUUCCUCUGACUGUGCCACGAGCCGGAACAUCUCCCUGGAUGCCGCUCUAGCCCAUCACCUCCAGCACUGCUCCUACCACCUGCGCCUCUUCAGGAGCUGGCUGAUCUCAGGGCAGGAGGACUUGGAGUGUCUUUACGGUUUUGAAGGCUGUUCCAUGGUUCCCACCAUUUAUCCCCUGGAGACCCUGCACAACUCCCUCUCUUUGCGACAGGUCAACGAGUUCCUGACAGCUGUGUGCAGGAGCUGCAGCGAGUCACAUGUCCAGUCUACUGCAGCUUUGUUUGAUUCAAUGAUCGGCAGCCAGAUACCAGGAGACCCCUUUAUGUCCCAGCGAAUCCUGUCAUCAUCCUCUUUGCCAUUGCGCCAGCGUUCGGAUAAGCCCCCUUGGUACAGCAGUGGCCCUUCCAGUACAGUCUCCAGUGCAGGCCCAUCCUCCCCAACCUCUGUGGACAACUGUGCUCGCUUCAGCUUCACCGAGAAACUUUCCAUCAGCCCCCCAAAAAGUGAGGAGCAGCUGAAUAGCCAGUCCUCUGAGCAAGAAGAGGGACAGCCACCAGGCAGAGGGCUUGACGUGGAGGUAGAGGUGUCUGGGUUGUCGGAGCCGAGUGCCCCAGAAACCCUGACCUGGAAUAAGGGCCCAGAGCCAGGCAGGGUCCUGGAGCUGUGUGAGAAGGAGCUGGUGGAGGAGGACUCUAACUCAGAGGAGAAAAGCGUGGUGGAGCUGGAUGAAGAAGAAUCAGCUGGGGAAAUGUUAGAGCCGGGGAACCCAGAGUGUGGUGCAGGGUCUGAUGUAAGGCUGUCUGGGGAUGGUGUGAGGCCAGGUGAGGGAUGUAUGGGGGCAAUGACUGGCCUGGAUCAGUCAGGGCUGUCUAAGGAGAGCUUGGCGCCCUGUGAAGAGGAGCUGCUGGGAGACGUCCUGGACCCAGAGCACGUGGGCAAGGAGCUACUGGGGGACAGUGCUGUGCCAGGCCAUGGGCAGCCACUGCCUCCUGAGAGAAGUGAGGAGGAGCUGCAGCUGCAGUGUCAGGGGGAUCAGCAGAAUUAG